AUUGCCGUGAUUCACGUAAUCGUGCGCGAUCCGCGCUACGCUCGAUAUGCGGCGCAUUCGCCGCGGACUCUGAUCCGUCGUCGAUCGUGUCCUCGCGAUAAUCUCCAUCACUCUUUCGUCGACAAUUUGUCGAGGAUUCGCGCCAUCGUACGCGACGCCUUUUCUUUCCCGUAGACUUUUCUCGCGAAAUCUGCCGAGUAAAAGCGGACGCGUCGUGCACGAUGGUGAGGUAUUACGAGAACAUCACGGUCUUCAAGUUCGACUGGACGCAGGUUGUUCGUGGAUUCUUUCAGAGAUACCCCAAUCCGCACAGUUCACACGUUCUCUCCGAGGAUACGAUCGCCAGAGAAGUCACAGACGGAAAGCUCUACUCCAAACGAUUGUUGACAAAAACCAACAGAGUGCCGAAAUGGGGUGAGAGAUUUAUCAGUAAAAACAUUGUCAAAAUUGUAGAGGAGAGUAUUGUUGAUCCAGAAGCGAAAACGUUGACCACCUACACGAGGAAUUUGGGAUACACCAAAGUCAUGAGCAUCGUCGAGAAAGUGGUUUAUCAGAUCUCCGAGGAGAAUCCAGAAUGGACAGUUGCAAAGAGAUCGGCGUGGAUCGACAGUCAAGUCUUCGGUUUCAGCAGAGCAAUUCAAGCCUUCGGCUUAGAUCGAUUUAAAAAGAAUUGCGCCAAGAUGUCGGAAGGCUUCAAUUACGUCCUCGCGAAUAUGUUUCCCCACACAGCGCAGUUUCUAAAUCCGCAAUUGCCGCAGACAAGUUUCUCCAUGCAAGCCGGCUACAGCGCGGCGGAUGAUGGAGUUACGACGAAGCCGAGUCUCGCGGAGGACUUGCAGCAUUCUUUACAGGGUAAAGCGGAGAAGGUGAAAGACGCCGCUAAGAAAGCCACGGACUUGGCGAAAGAAAAGGCGAGACCGAUAUACGUGGCUUGUCAACCGAACCAAUCGUAAAUUUCCAUAUUCCGGAAAUGCAUAGCGCAAACCUGUAUUUGAAUGUGAAUAAUGUUAUUCAGCGAUGGAAAUUAUUCACGAAUAACACUAUAUUAUUGUGAUCUUAAACGAAACAAUGGUAAAGUUUUAGAGACUAGUUCGAGAAAGCAUAAUUGUACAUUAAUUAAUCGACACAAUUUAAUGACAAUUAGUGCAGAAAGAAUUAGAAAGUUGAUUGGUAACAAUGAAAGUUGAGAUUUAAGGUAACAAUGAAAGUUAAGAUUUUUCUAGGCUUCAUAGUACAAGGUUCUCGGAAUGUUGCAACGUUUACGCAUGUGUAAAAUUUGCUAAUGAUUCUAGCGUCUGAUCCACUUGUAUGUUACCAUUCCUUUUAACUGCCAAAUUGUGCGAUCAAAUAUGAUGCAUGCAUGCACAGAGAUGCGCAUUAAAUUACUUAAUCGUUUUUUUACACGUAGAAGAACAUUUUUUAUUUAUUAUACAAUCGCAAAACACUCUCGCGUAAGGUACUAAACGUAAGAAGCAUUUGAUAUGCUUAUCAACGUAUAUCGCAGCGUUCAUUCGCGCAUUCCGUGCGUACCGCGCGUACAUAGAGCUGCAUAAAGCUCACAAUUGACAGUUUAUAAAGAACAGCAUUUCGUACGCAGUUAUUAACGCCAAUGAAAGCAACUACGUACGUCACAAAUAUACAUUCAAAGGGAUAAUUCUAUAAUGAAUUAUCCUUUUUUUGUUACUGUAAUAAAUAUAGUAUAAAUAUAGUUUAUAUAGAUGUUCCGCGUCGGCACGGACAGCGUAUUGACCAAUGUAAGUUAUUGAAAGACUUGAUUUCGUACAUUAUUAAUAUCGUCUUUUGGAUGUCAUAAUUUCAGCAUAUGUUGCCAUAUGUUUCUACAAUGAUUAGAAUUGUGAUUUAUGAUUGUUGUACAGUAUUUCUUUAUAAAUACCUCUCUUUAAUAUUAUAUCUCUGUUAUUAAAGAAAUUCACGUUAUUAAUGAAUGAUAGUAAUUAACUGAAUUAAAUAAAAUUUUCACGAAUGUAACUUCUCACACGUAUUUAAAUAAAGUUUAAACUCUUUUUAAAUUAGAAACCUAAAUGUUCUUAUUGAGAAAGUCAUUUUACCUGUGACCUUCGUGCAAUCUAUGAUUGUAUGAUACUAAUAAUGCUAUAAUUCCCAAUAUGCGCCAAUAUCUGUAGAUUUGAACGAGACAUGACAUACUGCAAAGUUAUCGAGGCUAAUAAUGCUACUCAAAGCUGGAGUGCCUGAGUACAUAUAACGUAUAUUAUCUUUUCAACCAUCUGUCGGGUCACAUAUACUGAAGGAAUUGAAAAUAUCUGAAAUUAUAAUAUGUACAUACUUGAAAUGAUAAUAUCCGUGAGAAAAUAUGUAUCUAUGUAAAUAUAACAAUUUUUAAAGUGA